AUGGCGGAGCCUGCGUUCAAGCCGGAGAAGGACUUCUCCAAGGAAGUCGACAAGCUGCUCCCCGAGGCCGAGCAGUUGGCCAAGACAGACAUCCAUGCGGCUAUCGAGAAGCUCUCUGUCCUCGAAAAGCAGACGCGCCAGGCUUCCGACCUCGCAUCGACAUCCCGCAUCCUGGUCGCUAUCGUUACCCUUUGCAAGAAUUCAGGCGACUGGAGCUUGCUUAACGACCAGACCCUCGUUCUCUCCAAGAAACAUGGCCAGCUCAAACAAGCCAUCACCAAGAUGGUACAGACCGUCAUCGAUUUCCUCCCCGAGACCCCGAACCUGGAGACUAAGCUCUCCGUCAUCGAGACGUUGCGCACCGUUACCGAGGGCAAGAUCUUUGUCGAGGUUGAGCGCGCCCGCGUCACCAAGAUUCUCUCCGACAUCAAGAAAGAGCAGGGCGAUCUCAAGGCUGCGACCGAUAUCCUGUGCGAGCUUCAGGUCGAGACAUUUGGCUCCAUGGACAGGAGGGAAAAGGUGGAAUUCAUUCUGGCUCAGGUGGCGCUCUGCAUAGAGAGCGGAGAUUGGACACAGGCGGGCAUUCUCAGCAGAAAGAUCAGCACCAAGUACCUUGCGCGCAGGCCCAAGAAGUCGCAAGAGCAGCUCGACAAGGAACAGAAGGACAGGGAGGCCAAGAAGGCCAAGGGCGAGGAGGUUUCCGAGGAGAAGGAGGAUGAUGUCACCGACCUCAAGUUGCGAUACUACGAACAACAGAUCAUUUUGGCCAAGCACGACUCAAGGUACCUCGACGUCUGCAAGUACUACCGUCAAGUGCUGGAUACCGAGGCGGUAGAGGAGGACCCCGCCAAGUUGCAGGCCGUCCUGCAAAGAAUCAUCUACUUCAUCAUUCUCUCUCCUCACGACAACGAGCAACACGAUCUCCUCCACAGAAUCCAAAAGGACCCACGAAUCGCACAGGUUCCUCAGGAUGCCGAGCUGUUGAAGCUGUUCACCGUUCACGAACUCAUGCGCUGGCCCGAGGUUUCCAAAAUCUUCGGCCCACACCUCUGCAGCACCGAGAUCUUCGACUCGGAGCCCAACCAGUCGGCCGACGACAAGGCUUUCCAGCGUUGGCAAGACCUGCGCAAGCGCGUCAUCGAGCAUAAUGUGCGUGUGGUGGCCAAGUAUUACACGCGCAUUCGUGUGGAUCGCCUUACCAAGCUGUUGGAUUUGACCGAGGACGAGACGGAGAAGUAUAUCAGCGAGCUCGUAACGUCCAAGACGGUCUAUGCUAAGAUCGACCGUCCGGCGCGCAUCGUGAGCUUUGCUAAGCCGCGGGAUGCGGACGAUAUCCUGAACGAGUGGAGCUUCAACAUGAAGAGCUUGCUAGGCCACCUGGAAAGAAUCGACCAUCUGAUUACCAAGGAGGAAAUGAUGGCAAGAAUCCAACCGGGAGCAAAGUCGUCAAAGAAGAGUACUAAGGAGAAGGCGACGGCGCGCUAG